UGUGGUGUCUGCAGCUGCUGCUCCUUCACCGCGUCCUCUGCCGCUCCGCCGCCGCUCCUCUGCCGCUCCACCGCCGACACAAACACCGCGACUCAUGGUCACCACCCUGACCGGCGGGGGGGGGAUUUAGGGACGUGGACUGGAGGCUCGUGGUGCAUAAAUAUAAAUCCACGUGAGGAGACACACGCGGAGCUGCGGAGGAAGGACGCACGGACGGAUGGAGGGGAUUCUGCUGCUUCCUUUCUGCACGAACCGGAGCGGAAUCUGAGCUCCUGCGCACAUUCCUCCAUCUUCUCCUCGGUUUCAAACAGGGAUUACUUUCCUCCACCUGCAGCCCGGGAUCCGCAUCAUGUUUUCGGGCCCUGGGAGGAGCACAAGGGGGUCUCUGCGGUUCCUCCUGCCCGCCCUCGUGCUGCUGCUGCCGCUCCACCUGCCUGCCGCGCGCGCGUCGUACUACCCCCACAGCGGGGAGUGCAAAGGCAAAGGGAAAGACUGCACAGAUCUGUCGGAGAAGAAGAGCGACCUGAGAGUGUGUGAUGACUCCAGCUGUCGGUACGGAGGCGUCUGCAGAGACGACGGCGCGCAGCUCAAAUGUGUCUGCCAGUUCCAGUGCCACAAGAACUACGUCCCGGUGUGCGGCUCUAACGGAGACACGUAUCAGAACGAGUGCUACAGGCGGCAGGCGUCCUGCAAGCAGCAGAGGCUGAUCUCCAGAGCGUCCGAUGGACCCUGCUCCUCCGAUCCAGGUUCUGGUUCUGGAGACGGAGACGAUGACGAGGGUUCAGCGUCUGACGGCGGGAAGAAGUUCACAAAAUGCAGCACCUGUAAAUACGGAGCCGAGUGCGACGAGGACUCAGAGGACGUCUGGUGCAUCUGUAACAUCGACUGCAGCGGUCACAACGAGAAUCCGGUCUGUGCGACGGACGGAAACUCGUACAACAACCCGUGUCUGGUGCGCGAGGCGUCCUGCAUGAAGCAGGAGCAGAUCGACGUGAAACACCUGGGCAGGUGUCCCGCUGAUAAAGAGAAAGCUGGGAAGAAAGACGACAGCAGCCCCUUCAAGGUGAACGUCCUAGAGACCACAGGUGUGGACCAUGGAGAUGGUUUCUACGCCGGGAUGCCGAUCCCCUGCGCCGACAGCUACAACGGAUUCUGUGUUCACGGGAAAUGUGAAAUCAAGUACAACAUGGCCACCUGCAGGUGUGAUGCAGGUUAUAAGGGGACUAAGUGUGAGGACCCUCAGGACUUUAACAUCCUGUACGUGGUUCCCAGCGGUCAGAAGCUUCACUACGUUCUCAUCGCCGCCAUCAUCGGAGCCGUGCAGAUCGCCAUCAUCGUCGCCGUGGUGAUGUGCAUCACGAGGAAAUGUCCGAAGAACAACCGGGGUCGCCGGCAAAAGCAAAACCUGGGACACUUUUCCUCGGACACGAACUCCCGGAUGGUAUAGCCGAGUCGUCCGGGGCCUUUUUUUAAAACCUUUUUUCUUACGCCGUGGGAACACCAUUUUUUAAAACGGUAGAUCUUUGGUAUUUAGUUUUUUCCUCCUGGGAAACCA